UUGGAUUGUUGUGACUGGAGAAUGGAGCCAUCUUGUUUUAUUUCUGUCCUGGAAUACAUUGGGCAGGCCGAACGAAAAACAGGGCUUUCGAAUAAUGAUGUAGCUAGUUAGUGCGCUUGCUAACAAUAUUGCAUAUAUUUGUAUGUUUAGUGCUUCCACCACUCUAAAUGUAUUUGAAUGACUAGGUACUGUCUUUGGCGUGUAUUAGGGUCAAAGCAAACGCGUUGGUUCAGGUGUCAGUUUAUUUUAUUUCUGAGUAGAGGAGUUACUAUGAAUGGAGGAUAAAUGUUGCCAAAGGCUGACAGCAGCAGUUACGUUCUCCUCUCUCUUCUCUUCGUCCUCACAUUAACAGACCCACCACGGGCAGGUCCAAGGCUAGCUCUGGCAAGAUUAUUGUCAGAACUGCGCUGCAGCCCUGGACAGUUUGCCUGCCGCAGUGGGAAGAUGCAAUGCAUCCCCAUGUCCUGGCAGUGUGACGGCUGGGCGGCUUGUGAGGACAAGAGCGAUGAGUUGGACUGCCCUCCCAUGAAAGAGGAGACGUUUCACUUUGCCAAUGGGUUUGGUAAUGGGUUUGACCAAGUGGAAGAUGUCAUCGGUGUGGCCCAGCCUGUGCGCUUUAACAAGAAGUGCCCUAGUGGGUGGCAUCACUACGAGAAGACAGCCAGUUGUUACAAAGUGUACCUAAGGAAUGAGAACUACUGGCAGGCUGUGGACACGUGUCAGAAAGUCAAUGGCUCGUUGGCGACCUUCGUCACCAAUGAGGAACUGCAGUUCAUCCUCAAGAUUGAGGUGGAUUUCGAUGAGGAAGUGUGUGAGCGCAGAGACCAGUGCAAGUUCUGGGUGGGUUACCAGUAUGUCAUCACCAAUCAGAACCAUUCACUGGAGGGCCAUUGGGAAGUGUCAUAUAAAGGGUCGAUGCAGGUGUUCCUGCCGCCAGAGGGCCUGACUAACUUUGGAGAGGCAUCUUCGACCCAGGACAACAUCUUCUGUGCCCAGCUGCAGCGCUUUCAGAUCAAGAGUAUGAACGAACGCGGUCUUCACAGCUGGCAUGCCGAGAACUGCUACAAGAAGUUCCCCUUCCUGUGCAAGAGGAGGCAGACAUGUGUGGACAUAAAGGACCAGGUGGUGACCGAGGGGUACUACUUCACCCCUAAGGGGGAAGACCCGUGCCUGAGCUGCACAUGUCACAACGGCGAGCCAGAGAUGUGUGUGGCUGCGCUGUGCAAUCGGCCGGAGGGCUGCAAGAACUUCGGCAAGGACCCCAAGGAGUGCUGCAAGUUCACCUGCCUGGACCGAGAAGGCAGCAGCCUGUUUGACUCUAUGGCCAGUGGGAUGCGUCUGAUCGUCAGCUGUAUCUCCUCCUUCCUCAUCCUCUCUCUGCUGCUCUUCAUGGUGCACAGGCUCCGGCAGCGCAGACGCCAGCGCAUCCAAACACUCCUUGGAGUUCACCAUUUCAACCUUGGGCGGCGAGUCCCAGGCUUUGACUACGGCCCGGACGCUUUUGGCACUGGCCUCACUCCCCUGCACCUCUCUGAUGAUGGAGAGAGAGGUGCAUUUCAUUUCCAGGAACCUCCCCCUCCCUACGCUGCCUAUAAAUACCCUGAACUCCAGCACCCAGAUGACCCCCCUCCUCCCUACGAAGCCUCCAUCAACCCUGACAGCGUCCUCUAUGUGGACCUCGCACGCCAUGGCGUUCAGAUGAUCCCUAGUCAGAUGAGGGACGUGGUAGAUGCCAUGACAGACGCCCCAGCGCCACCUGUCCCUGUGCCAAUGUCCUCCCAGGAGCGGGAGGACUCCAUGGACAGCAGCACCCUCCUGGUGGGGCCUGACACCCCCACAGACAGCCACACCCCUGACUCCAUGCCUGGAGACUGCAGCAACAGCUCCUCCCUCAGCACCGUGGUAUAGGACUAAGGGGGGCGGGGAGCUGCUCCCGCCUGGACCCACACUUUGAGAGAGGAGGGCAGUGGCAGACUGGUCUAUCACAUGGGGUCUGUUAGUUAGAAGAGACUGGGAUGGGAUGGAAAAAGACAGUGUAGAGACGGUAUCAGGGGAGACUGAAGGACCAGUCCACUUCUUGAGGUGUGAGGAAAAUCGGACUGGUGUGUUUCUUGAUCAGGUGAACUGAAACCAAUUGGGUGUUUGUCAGAAACGUAACCUCUACAGUUGAACUUAAAUGCAGUGGAUCAGACCGCUUUCGUAUAGGUGAAUACAGAUGGAUGAGUAAGGCAAUCAAAUGGAUCUGGAAGACUGACUCUGUACAGACAAGACACACACUACACCAGGCUGAGCUACUGCUUUUAGUUUUGAUUGGACAAAGCUUUUGAAUUAUUUGGUUUGUUUGAGCUUCAUGCUCAAGAUUUCCCCCAAUAUAAACACUCCCUCAGGCAUUACACCAGGUAAUAAUGAAGGGGGAGGUAGAUGGUUCCACUUCAGCUUAAGUCCUUUGCACUUCUUAAUUUGCAUCCUACUGUUUAUGUCCUGGAGGCCGAGGCAGAACUUGGAUUGUCAGUUAUUGACAAUGACUCACAUGACUCUGCUCUCUCUCCAAAGUCUCCUCCAUUAAUUAAAUACAUUGUUUUCCUAUCCCAAGCAUUGCCUCUGAACUUGGAUUUUUGCCCUCUCCAAUCAAUCUGAUAUGCUAAGACGUCUUCGAGAUUGAUAGCACAAUGGUAAAUAGAACAAUGAGAGGUUCUUCUACAAGAGGUUUUUCAACCUUGCAGAAAUAUUUAGGUAUGGUUAUUGUUAGCUCCAGCUAACACACUGCUAUGUAUUGAUGAGGUAAAUGCUACAACUUUUACAAGAAUCUUGCAACAAUAUUGUAUUUUGUUCAUGAGUUUUUGUUGAAGUAGAUGUCCAUUGGUUGAGUAUUGUCCUUUUCUUGGGUAAGAAAUAGGCUGGGAAUUGUUGGGACCUGAACAUAGAUGAUGGGUCCCUCAUGUUAGUCAAUGAGUUCACCACAUGAAAGAGAAUGUCACUGGUGAGUGAGAAUUAAGGUUAGAGCUUCAUGUGUAGCUUGUAGCAAUGGUUACUUGCUGUUUUGUACCCAAUGAAAUGUGUAAAAGUAAACUUAUUUAGAUAGUGUUCUUUUCAUUAAAUCAUAUUAACGAUUAAUACUAAAUUCAUUGGUAAAACAAUCUAUUACUUGACUGCGUAUGUGUGAGUGUAUGUAUGCACACUUUGUUUUUCAACAUUUUGCACAUCACCUGUUUGCCAAGUAGCUCUGUGCAUUUGCUUUCAAUGUCAUGAAGUAUUUUAAAACGGAAUAUAUUUUGCAAGCAACUGAUAACGUGGGGAAGUGUAACAAUCAUCAAUUGUGUCAUUUUUGGAAGCUGCCACUGGAUUCACUGUAAUAUAUUUUCUUGUCAAUGUACAUUGUCAGUUCAGUGUAUUGUAGUUUGACUAUAACUUGGCAAAGGUGAUAUGACAUUGGAGGUUUACCUGGUUAGGUUCUAACAGUAGCAUAUAUGGCAUUGGGUGGCCAACCCCCCCUUUCUCAUGUUUUAUGAUAAAGACGGACAAGGAAAGUCUAAUGUAGUAAACAAACAAAAAACAUAGGAAAGCCACAUAAUUUGACCCCAUUGACUCAAGGUGUAAAGACCUGUGAGAGCCCUGUUCAGUUCUUCUGUUGUGCUUGUUCACCUGUGGAGUUGAAAGGCCAAAGGAGUUAGAAGGCUACGAUGGCAGGCCUAUGAAAGCACAAACACCCCUAUCAGGGUUUUGGAACUACUUUGGUCUUUGCCCUUACCAGCCAGGAUCUACAAAGCAUGGUAAUCUAUUUGGCUGAAGUCGAUCACCAGCAGCACUGAAAUUGGGGGGAAGAUCCGCCUUGAGAAUCACAGCUGUGUUUGUGUGUGUGUGUGUACACUGUGUUUAUGUACAGAUGUAUGUAGCAUUGCAUCGUCAUUUUUUUAAUGUUCUUCGGUAGGUCUUAAGUUGUUUUUUGUAUUUGUUUUCAACAUAGACAAUCCUUUUGUGGAUUAUCCAAGGAAAUUAUGUUAUGAUUUGUAAAAACAAAUGUUUAUCUUAAACUUGGUGUUCAUGUAUGGGGGAUGGUGUUUGGGAAUCAGAUCUCUCCAUCUUCGGACUCCCGAGUGACGGUGGUCUAAGGCACUGCAUCUCAGUGCUUGAGGCGUCACUACAGACACCCUGGUUCGAUUCCAGGCUGUAUCACAACCGGCUGUGAUUGGAAGUCCCAUAGGGCGGCGCACAGUUGGCCCAACGUCGUCCGGGUUUGGCCUGUGUAGGCCGUCAGUGAAGAAUACAUUCUUAUUUACAAUGACUUGCCUAGUUAAAUUUAAUAAAUAAUCAUCUUUGGUGUGAGUGUGUUUUCAGCUUGUAGGACCUACAGUACAUGUUUUAGUAGAGGCAUGAUGAGAGAACAGAAUUCUAAUUUUCAUCUUGGCCCAGGUUUAGCUUACAGAUGCUUGCCUACAGGUUGAUGUAGAUGCAUGCAUUGGAACCCCUGCUGCAUUUACACAAGUUGAUUUGCUAUCGAUAGUUACAAUGGUGGUGUGAAAAAAUAACUUUCAAUGUGUUAUAAAAUGCAAUAGCUGAUAUUUUAUUUCAUAGCUUUUAAAUUGUAAUUGUUUGCUUCUUUUGCAGGGGUCUCUGUUUUUCUGAGUUUGAGGUACAUCUAAUUAAAUGCCAAAUAAACUGUACCAUGAAGGAUA